UACAAAAUCAUGUUUCUUAUUCCCACCCACAGCCCAAUUGGCAAAAAACAGUUCAAGGUGAAAUAAUAGAACGAAACUCGAACCGGAUUGUGAUGGUUUCCGAUGGCAGCGAGCGAGUGAAGCUCAACGUCGGCGGCGAGAUCUUCGAAACCAACGCAACGACCAUUCAAUCAACUUGUCCAGACUCUCUUCUCGCUGCUCUCUCGACUCCAACAUCCCAUGGAUCGAUCCCUGUGUUCAUCGAUCGUGACCCUGAGAUUUUCGCCGUCAUCCUCAAUCUCCUCCGUACUGGUCGACUCCAAGCAAAUUCCUCCGGCGCUUUCUCCAAGCAAGAGCUACUCGAUGAAGCUCUGUAUUACGGCGUCGAAGCACUCCUCAGGUCGGCGAUGUUACCGCCGCCGCUGCUAGGUUUCGAUGCGUCUCUCGUCUCCACAAUCGCACCUGCUGCUGACGGAGUUCCGUCUGCUUUAACCGCCACAGCUGGAGACGCCUCUCUGUGGAUCGCUCACGGCGGUCAGAUCUCCGUCUACGAUUGGAGUCUUUCCCACGCUGGAACCGUCCGUACGCAUCUCAGUGAUAUCACAUCGAUCUGCCGUGUGUGGGGCGAAGCGGCUGCAGUCGGAUCUGGAUCCGCUUCGGGGCUUCAUUUCUACGAUCUCUCCGGAGGUCGAUACGUCGGAUCUACGCACUGGACUGAUCCGGAGGAUCCGAGAAUCCAUAAGGCACGCGUCGCCGCCGUUGCUGAUUCCGACGGUGGAGUGUUCGCAUCCUUUGAGUGCCUGCACAGAGAGAACAGCGUUCUCCAGAUCGACAAAUCCACUCUCCAAGUCGCCGCCGUGAUCGGCCAGCAAUCCGGAAGCUCGGCUAAAACCACGGUGCCGGAGAAACUACGGUGGCUGCCAACGAACGGUGUUUUGGUAGGAUCCGCCGUGCAACGCGGAGCGUUUGGAUGCUCCGGCUACAUCCGGAUAUGGGACCCGAGGACCAGGAACAUAGUUUGGGAAACGAACGAGCCAGGUUCGGGACGAAGCAGUAGGUUCGGAGAUGCCUUAGCUGACAUGGACGUUGACGUUGAAGACGCGAUCAUCUUCAAGGUAUGUUCUAAGUCAGGAGACCUCGGAAUGGUAGACAUCCGUAGAUUAGGUGAAGAUCCAUGGGUUUAUAUGUCAGAUGAGAAUCCCGGUGCUUGGAAGGCCGGAGACGGAGGCGGUUACAGCGCUGUACAUUGUUAUAGAAAGCAAGUGUUUGCUGCUAGAGGUGGUGCAUUAGAGGUAUGGUCAAGUGUUAAUGAGAAGACGAGUGGUGAUCCAAUUCGCAGAAGAAACUUUGUAGACAAGGAAGAAGAUUCCAAGAGAGGGGUGAUUUCGAAAAUUGAAGCUGGAGGUGAUCGGCUCUUUGUUUCUCGGGAGUUUAUGGAAGGUGUUGAGGUCUGGGAAACUUCUAGUGACUCAGGGAUAACAUCCGUCGAGUAAUGGUGUCCCCAAGAACGAACGGUGAUCACGCUCUGUUUUCCCGGAAAAUAAUUUUGUAACUUUCAUGAGAAGGAGCUGAACAAAAUGAAGAACAUCAUCAAGAUUCAAACUUUAUCUAGUGUGAGAGAGCUCGUCUGUUGUAAAUGGAUUCUUUGAUUUUGUCUUUGUAAAGUUUUUGGUUCUAAUGGGUAUAUAAUUACAGUCACAAAGCUAACUAAUGAAUCCAUUUUAGAGACAUAAGAUAGAAAAAGACUUUGUAGUGUUGACUAGUGACAAGGAACUGUAUGUUUUGGUUUUAGUUGGGUGGGAAAAUUAUGUUCAAGAACAAAUGUGUUAAAAGGUAUGAUGGAAGUGGUCUCGGUAAAAGGAAAAAAUCUUACCUUCAUCAUCUUCAUUGUAUCUAAAUUGAUGUCUCUUGUUUAACCCCUUUUUUAAGUACUCAAUAUUAUGUCAGCGUAAAUGAUUA